GAAGCUUUUGUUGAUUCUCGUCCUUAUAAUUCUGGCCCACUCUUUGUUCAUCACCCUCUAAUCCCUGCGACCCUCAAGUAUCCUCAAAAGCAUUGAACGCUAAAACUCAAACUCCAAGCUCACUGUAUAAAAUUCUUCCUCAGAUACAAUAUUGUACUGAAAAAAAUAAUCCUAAAAACCCAUCAUGGCUCAGCGUUUAGACCUAUCAAUCGCUCCAGGAAAACACCUUGGCUGGCUCAGGCUCGGUAUGUCUCUUUGGGACAUUAUCCGUCUUCUUCGCGAUCAAGCAGCGCUGAUCCCCGCAGUUGAACUUAAAUACAGCGAAGAGGACCCUUUUGCAGCUGAUAUUGUCCUCAAGCUGGCUUCAAAUGGAAUCGAGCUUCGAUUUGAACCCUAUUUACAGCGGCUGAAAUUGAUUCACGUUUAUGAUUUUUCGAGGCUACGCCUAACUUACAAAGGAGGCGAAGUCUGCUCAUCGAAAGCUCUCCCAACAUUCCUACUCAUCAAUCAGCUCAUCGGACCAACGUUCCCAGGAGAAUUCGACUCUUCAAACAAUCUCUAUACUUUGAGUUAUCCAGGGUUAUCGCUGGUGUUUCCGAUCCCUGAAAAACACACUCUCUUAUAUCAGACCUCUGCAGACCUACCUAUAGAAUUUCCUGAUGGUAACACACCUGUCGCCACUCAUAUGUACAUAUUCCACGGAGCUGAUUGGAUAACAGCUGCGCCUAUUCCUGUCACCACGCUUGCAAGAAAUAUCCAGGACAGUAGCAGCCCCAAUCUUUACAACGGUCGCAUCGGAGAGAAUAGGACAGAAGUUGAGAAGGUCGUAGCAAGGAUCAACUAUGGCGCAGUGCUUCAAUUCCCAGGACCUAUGCAGUCUCAAAAAUGCCUUAUUCAAUUACAUGUCACAACGCCUCAGGAUUUAUUAGCUGACCUGGGUUCACCAGGUAGUAUAUAUUAUAAGGAGGAUGAUAAAAUGCAGAUUCAUAACGACACGGAUGGCAGUCCUCAGUCCCAGCAGGUGGAUGAUGGUAUCCUUGGCGAGAUGGAGGACGUAGGCUAUGAUAGAUCCAGCCAUCCAGCAGAUGGUUCCCAUCAACCAAAUGAUUAUUUUUACAACUAUUUCCAUCUUGGUAUCGAUGUUCUGUUUGAUGGAAGUACGCAUCGAUGCAAGAAGAUUGUAAUGCAUACCAAUAUUCCUGGGCAUUUUGACUUUCAAAGUUAUAAAAGGUGUCCGUUUGUGUUACAUCUAACAUCCCCUCCGUCAAACUAUGACGCAGAAACAGCUAAAUUGUCCUCAAUUCCUUCUCAAACAAUGCAAAUACUUCCAUCAACACCUGAAGCUAUGAAGACUACCAGAAAGAAGUCAAGAGGCUCUUCUACAUCAGUUACCGAUUCUUUGGACCCCGUUCGGGCCUCAUAUUCCUCAACAGAUAGCCCACAUGGGUCGCCGGAUAAUUUUGGAUCAGAUCAAGAUAUGGCUAACAAUAAUAAUAUGCAGCGUCAGCUAGGUGGUGGAUUAACCGCAGUGUCCCCUGAAAAAGGAAUUUUCCCGGAUAUGAAGAUUUCCACGAUUAUGGCGCUUCUGGAUCCCUCUGGUGCUGUUGGUGGUUCACCUUCUUCCGCCGGUAUCCCUAACAAACAAGGCUUGAUCCUUAAUCGCGGUUCAAGUACCCAAAACCCAUUCAAGCAUACUACCUUGUAUGGCACAGAUGGCGCGGUGUUUGAGGCGAUGCUUAAUGGUCAUGUAGCCACAGUAACGCUCUACUGAUCAUCUAAUUUUUUUUAAGAAACAUGUCUUGCGUUCUUCUAUCUCGACUCCUCUUCGAGGCUACAUAAUUCUAGCGAUGUAGAACACCAAAAUAAAACAUCAGUCAUCAGUCA